AAAAUCCCCGAACUUCUUUUUGUUUUGCUUUGAAUUCCCUUUCAUUGCUUUGCUUUGCAAAGUUUUGCUUUCCAUUGGGUGGAGCCAUGGAGGUGUAAGCUAAUCCUUUGUUCUCUCCAGAAGAAAAUGGCGAUGUUAAGCAAAACCAAAGAACCCCACACCCAGAAAAAACAAAGAAAGUAGCAGAAAACAGCAUUAAUUGGCUAAUUGCAGUAGCCUGGCAUACUGUGAACGAAAAAAAAGAAAGCAAAACCAAUUAGGACUUGCCGGCUUCGUAAGAAAGUUGCUCUCGAAAAGGAUUCGGUUUUGGUUGAAUUUUCGAGAUUGAUAUGCUAUUUUCGUUUCUCUUUUUGGAUUUUUUUCUUCCGAGCUAAAAAUGAACCAUGAUGAGAUUAUGAGGUGUAGUGGAAUUUUGAGUGAAAUCGUGUGAGGAAAAGAAAGAGGAAAAAUUAAAACAGAAGCGGACAGUGGGUUUAAUCAUGAAGAUAGUUUAGGUCCUAUAGUGAAUCGUCAGGCUGUAUCUUUCCAGCCAGCUUCUAUUGACAGUAGCUCGGAGAUUAUUCCGAUGAGUGGAUACUUUGCACCGCCGGCCAUGUUAUUGCCCGGGAAUUCCAGUGUGAUUACAAGUUCCCCUUCAUUAGUCCAACCUGGAUCUUCCCUACUUGUUGAUCCAGUUUCAGGGCAGAAACAAGAUGCAGGGUUUGCUGCCGAAUGGUCUGUUGACGAACAAUAUAUACUGGAAGACAGCCUUGAAAGGUCUAAAGACGAACCAAAUAUUAUCAAGUACAUAAAGAUUGCUGCUACCUUGCCUGAUAAAACUGUACGUGAUGUUGCAUUGAGGUUUAGGUGGAUGCAAAGAAAGCGAAGGAAACCUGAAGAAUUUAAUGCAGGAAAGAAUGUGAACAACAGGAAGGGUAAGCAAGUGGAAUCAUCCUCAACGGUGAAUAUGCCUUCAGCACUGCCACAGAACAUGGCUGCAUAUCCUCUCAUGAUGCACCAUCCGGAUCAGAAUGGAAGAAUGUCCGCUGAAGGAAUAACUGGUAUGACUGUGAAACUUUUGAAGCAAAAUUCCCAAGCUUUUAGUCAAAUCACAUCAAACCUUUCUGCAUAUAAGUUGCAGGAUAAUAUUAAUCUCUUUUAUAACACGAGGAACAGUAUUACCACCAUUCUAAAUGAUAUGAGAUGUAUGCCGGGUUUAAUGAGCCGGAUGCCACCAUUGCCUAUAUCUGUUAAUGAAGAUUUAGCAAAUUGCAUCUUGCCUGCUGCAACUCAGUCGAUGAUUUUUAGCACAUCAAGCAGGAUUAGUCUCAAGCCGGAGUCAAGAUGAUGUGAGCGAUAGUUGAGAUUGAGGUUGGAUAUAUCUGAUCCAUGUAAAUUACAAUUUUCUACUGAUAGAUCCAUAAGAAGCUGGUAGGUGUACACAAACGCUCAUCACACAUUUGGGUGCCACAAUGGAAAAUUUGCGGACUCCAUUUUUGGAAC